AUGCCGAAACCAGCCAAACGCGCGCAUGAGUUUAUCGACCUUACAGGUGACGAUGAAAGCGAGACGCGUCAAAAACGGCCCGCUCCAAAUGGACCCGGUCAACACCAAAGCCAAAACCAUCCCGGACAAAGUGGAACUAGUGUCUAUGGAGGCGGUCAUUCAUCACAAAAUGCUCCAUCAUCUACAGCUGAACCCGAUUAUCUUGACUUGACUCAGGACGAUGAAGGCCCUCCCUUGGAACUCUAUGGGACAUUUCAUGGGAAGAUUGUCGGCGUACAGUAUUAUCAAGGAUACGCAUCAUCAGGAGAAGCUGUUCUCUGUAAACGAGAACCCAACAACGCGUACGACCGAAAUGCUAUUCGGGUGGACAAUGUCGUUGGUAAUCAAAUCGGCCAUCUACCGCGUAAAAUUGUAGAGAAAAUUGCCCCAUAUGUGGAUCGCGGCGACAUCGUUCUCGAAGCCCAACUCAUGGGCGAAAAGGCCUUCUAUGACUGCCCGAUUAAGCUCUUCUUCUAUGGGUCUAGCGACCCGCAGGAGCGUUCCAGGAUCGAGGAGCUACUCAAGAAAGACAAACUAGUCACUGCUACGGAACUCAAGAACACUAGAAAGGAAGCUGAGGCCCGCAAGAAGGCUGCAUUGGGCUUGAUGAAUGGCUGCUCGACCCAUGGGGUCGGUUCAGAACUUUCUGUUCCCCAGAAACCAGAGAUCACUAUGGAUAAUGUACUCCAGAAGAGUGAGGCUAUCGAGAUGCGCAAGGGCGGCGACGCCAUCAAGUCACUUGCGAUUGGCGAGGAUGAGUUGGAGAAGAUGCAAAUGGCUGAGCAGCCCGAAGAUUUGAAGGCACAGCUCUUGCCAUACCAGCUACAGGGACUGGCUUGGAUGACUUCCAAGGAGAACCCCCAGCUCCCAGCGGAGGGAUCCAAGGACUCAGUACAGCUCUGGCUGCAUCAGUCCAAGAACAAGUUCUUCAACGUUGCGUCUGGCUUUGUAACAAACACAGCACCAAAGCUGCUUUCAGGAGGUAUCCUUGCUGACGACAUGGGUUUGGGCAAAACCCUCCAGAUCAUCAGCUUGAUCCUAACUGGCGGCAAGGGCCCGACCCUCAUCGUGGCACCUGUCAGUGUCAUGAGUAAUUGGAGCCAACAGAUCAAGCGGCAUGUCCGCGGAGACAAGCAGCCCAACAUAAUCACGUAUCACGGUAGCGAAAAGGCAACUGCGAAACAGCUUCAGGGCUGUGACGUUGUGAUCACCAGCUAUGGAAGGCUUGCUAGAGAGCGCGAUCAAGGUGUGAAGAGAGCCUUGACCUCGCAAGACAUCAAGUGGCGUCGAGUCGUUCUCGAUGAGGGUCACACUAUUCGAAACUCCAAUACCAAGGUGGCUCAAGCUGCCUGUGAGAUCAAUGCAGAGUCUCGCUGGGUUUUAACAGGAACGCCGAUUGUCAACUCGGUCAAAGAUCUGCACUCUCUUAUCAAGUUUCUUCACAUCACCGGAGGCAUCGAACAGUCCGAGAUUUUCAAUGCUCAAAUCACCCGUAGACUUGCUGUCGGUGAUAAGACUGGCGAAAAACUACUCCAGGUCCUUAUGCAUGACCUUUGUCUCCGUCGCAAAAAGGAUAUGAAAUUUGUGGACCUCAAGCUUCCAAUCAAAAAGGAGUAUGUCCAUAGAAUUCCGUUCCGAAAGGACGAGAAACGCAAGUAUGAUGCAUUAUUGGAUGAAGCCAGAGGCGAGCUGGAACAGUGGCAGGCAGGCUCUCAAAUGGGCCAAAAGGGACGCUUCCAAAAUGUACUGGAGCGCCUGCUUCGCCUUCGACAAAUCUGCAAUCAUUGGACGCUUUGUAAAGAACGCGUCAGCGAUAUUCUCAAACUACUUGAAGAGCACGAAGUGGUUCCGCUCAACGACAAGAACCGCGGCCUCCUGCAGGAAGCCCUGCGCCUGUACAUUGAAAGCCAGGAGGAAUGUGCUAUCUGUUAUGAUAUUCCAAAUGGCCCUGUCAUUACUACCUGCAAACAUGUGUUCUGCCAGGGUUGUAUUAUUCGUGCUAUUCAAAUCCAGCACAAAUGUCCGAUGUGUCGUAACAAGCUUGACGAAUCCAGCCUUCUCGAGCCAACGCCCGAAGACGCAGGCGAUGAAGGCAAUUUCGAUGCUGAGUCACAGAGCUCCAAGACGGAAGCGAUGAUGCAGAUACUCAAGGCGACCAUGCAAAAGGGGGGCUCCAAGGUAGUUGUCUUCUCUCAGUGGACAUCUUUCCUCAAUAUUGUUGAGGCGCAGCUCAAAGCCGAGGGAAUGGGAUACACACGCAUCGAUGGUAGCAUGAAGGCGGAUAAGCGCGACAAGGCUAUAGAGGCUCUCGACAGCGACCCUAAGACACGAGUCAUGCUUGCCAGUCUCGCAGUUUGCAGUGUUGGUCUUAACCUCGUAGCCGCUGAUACCGUCAUUCUUUCAGACAGCUGCAAGUUCCCUCAAUCUUAUACAUUUCCAGAUAGAUCCCCAUUAACUAACAUCAUCUCUAUAGGGUGGGCGCCAGCCAUCGAAGAUCAAGCCAUUGACCGUGUCCACCGUCUCGGGCAGAUCCGCGAGACGACCAUUUUCCGCCUCGUUAUGGAAGGCUCAGUGGAGGAGCGGGUACUUGAUGUGCAAAGCGAGAAGCGAGAGUUGGUGACGAAGGCAUUCCAGGAGAAGAACUCGAGGAACAAAAAGCGUGAGAAUACUCGGGCAGCAGAUAUUUCCAGGCUAUUGGGCUAG